CCGGAAAGGUGCACUAUCCACAUUGUGAUCUGGAAUCACGCAUGCUCUUGUCAGCAAGGCAAGACAUCUUUGGCAAUACAAAUACUACUGCAAUACUAAUGAGGCUCUGGGCCUCGUCCUUCUUGCGUUGUAUCGCCUACGGCUGUUUGCAUUCCUCUACACUCUAGAUGCGUGAAUCGCAGAUUUCACCUUACAACGCUCACAACACCUCUAAUACCCCUGCCGGAGGCCACCGUAAGCAUGGCACAGUCGCAAGCCACGCAAUUAGCUAUCAUCCUCUCCGCUUUCUUCUUACCUAUUUUGACCUAUCUGUACUUCACAAGAGCACAAUCAAAGAAGAGCAAUGCGGGACCACUUCCUCUACCAACCGAGAUCACCGCGCUGUACAUCCAUCCCAUCAAGUCGUGUCACGGCAUCAAAGUACAAUCGGCAAAACUGCUCCCUACUGGGCUUGACCUCGAUCGCCAAUGGAUGUGGGUAACAGCCGAAAACUACGAAUUCCUCACCAUCCGCCAAAACGCCAAAAUGACGCUCAUCCGCCCAACCUACGAUGCCAAAUCUGACACUCUGACUGUCACGGCGCCCGCACCAAACUCCAUCGACGAGAAACUCGAAUUCAGCAUCCCCGCGCACCCAACCGCAGACUGGCUCGCAUCCAACACCGAGUGCCACGAAGCAAAGAUCUGGAACCAGUGGACGUCCGCACAAGUCUAUUCAACAAAGCUCACCGCGCCCUUCAACGAGUUCUUCGGCAAAGAAGUCCGCCUUGUGUACAAGCCGCCCAAGUCCACUGAACCGCGUCCUCUGCGCUCGAAUGGCGCAGCAGAUGUCCUGGGCAGAGAAGCAUCGACAUGCUUCCCGGACCUGAUGCCGCUCCUCGUGGGCAACCAGUCCAGCAUCGACGAACUAAACUCGCGCAUCAAAGCCGCAGAGAACGGCGACCUAACCCUCGACGUCACGCGCUUCCGCCCCAACAUCCUAGUCCGCGGCCAAGCCUCUGCGCCCUGGGAUGAAGACCGCUGGAAGACACUGCGGAUCACCUCCUCCGGCAAAACAGUCACGAAUCUUGAUGUUACGCAGCGCUGUGCGAGAUGCCACGUGCCGAAUGUGGACCCGGAGACGGCGGAGGAGCACAAAAGGCAGCCGUGGGACACGCUGAUGAAGUAUCGCAGGAUCGAUGAGGGGAUCACGUAUAAGCCUUGUUAUGGGAUGUUGUGUGUGCCGCGCGAGACGGGGGAGAUCAGGGUGGGCAUGACGAUGGAGGUUACGGGGAUUACGGAUCAGCAUCGGUAUAUCGCCGGGUUCUAA